AUGAUCAUUUUCCAGAACCAGACGAGCAUAUUGAAUAUCAAUGGCCAGUACACUGCAGACCUCGGAGCCAUUAUCGUCUACAACGAUCCAUCACCUGGUACCACUGCCUUGAUGAAUGUUUCUGGUGACAUCUCACUCACCAACUCACAGAUCAAUAUCAACUUUGUCAAGACAUUGCCUGUCGCCAACCAACAAUUCAAUCUGAUCAAUGGAUUUGGCAAAUUUGAUUACAAGAAUGUGGCGACCAAUGGAUCUUGGAGCAUGGACAACACAAACGUUGACACUUACAAAGUUGCUCGCAUGGCCGACAACAUUGUUCUUACGUUCAAUCAGACAUGCGCCAAGUAUCAGUACUGCUAUGGACAUGGCACAUGCAAUACUAAUGGUGCAUGCCAAUGUGAUGACUACUAUCAAGUGGUGGCCAACUGCAGCAUCCAAGGUUGUUAUCACAAUUGCAACAACAAUGGAUUCUGUGUGGAACCCGGCACAAAUAUAUGCCAAUGCAACAAUGGUUUUGUUGGAUCGGCAUGUCAGUUCCCUUCUUCAGAGUGCACCAACUUCACAACUCAAUUAGAUUGUACAACCGCCAAUGGAUGUACCUGGUCCAACAAUGAAUGCCAUCCACCCAAACACAACUCCUCAAACACAAUCUUUGGACUCAUCAACAAAUCAAACUACAUCAUUGGUCUAAUGCUUGCAAUUAUUGCUUGUACCUUAUUGUUCUAA